CACUGUGUGUUGUAUGGUGCGUGCCCCCUUUAAGGGAAGGGGGCGUGGCACCCACCUGGUGUUACAACGCAGGUCUUAAGGAACGCACCUCUGGCUGUGCGGGUUCUGUGUUUUGGGAAAUAAAUCCUUCUCGUGUUUUUCACCGGCAAUCAAGUCUCCGUCUCCAUUUCAUUGCGAUCUCCUACAUUGGUGACCCUGACAGUUUCCGGACGUUUUACCGGAUUACUGUUCUAUGCGCUGGAAGAGCGAGGACGCGCAGAUCGGAGAUUGGGCUAUGGAGUUCGAUUCGGCGGAAGGUUCCGUGGCUGCUGCUCCGGUGAUGGCAGUCUCCCUGAAGCUCCCGGAGUUUUGGGAACGGCAGCCGCGGGUCUGGUUCGCGCAAGCGGAGGCGCAAUUCGCGCUGAAGGGGAUUACUGCGGAUGAAACCAAGUUUUAUUAUGUAGUCUCCGCGCUUGGUGGCUCGACGGCGGCCAGAGCGAUGUAUAUUCUCGAGGACCCCCCGGCCCGUGGGAAGUAUGCAUUGCUAAAGGGGUUCCUGAUGGAGACGUUCUGUUUGUCGGAGGCUGAACGGGGCGAGCAGCUUCUGGCAUUGAAUGGCCUCGGGGACUCCAAACCAUCGGAGCUCAUGGAUCACAUGCUCAAUCUCCUGGGGCCGGUAUUUCAAAAUGAUCCGACAGGAUUAAUCCACCUGGAUUGGAUUAAAUCCUGAUCAGAUCCUAAAAACGGGUAUUUCAAAGCAAAUCUGAUCCUGAAGAUUCAGAUUCAGAUUUGGCAAUCCAAUCCUGCCUUUGAUCCGGAUUAAAAGCUGCUGUUGAGUAUUUCAAAACUUAAGUGGGAAAUCUGGAUCAGUUUGAUCCUAAAAAUCAGGAUCACCCUGAUCCCACCUCAGAGGUGGAUUUGAGGGAGAUUACAUGUUAAGAUUUGAACAGUUGAAGUGUAACUGCUCCCAAAGUUCUUUGUUUAAUACAACUAAGCUUCACUGCUGUUUGAUCAAUGUUUAUUUCCUUUUCACGUUCCUUUUUUUUUUCUGCAAACAUGCACGCUGUUCACUGCAAUGCUUUAACAAAUCGGCGUCAGAAGUGCAACACAGAAUAAACAUUACACUACUGCGUGUAAGUGACAUUACAAACUCCAAUUAACAAGGAAUUAUGAAGGAAAAACAAUGUGAUUUAUUAAACAAACAGUGUUAAACUAUGCAGUAUACAUUUCAGUCUUUUAACUGCUUUUCCAGCAACUGAAUUCUUAACUUCACUUCUUCUUGUUUAAGAAGUGUUAGUUUGAUUUGUUCAUUUGUUAGAAUUAUUUGUUGCUGAGCCCGUUCCGUUUCCACCUUCAGUAGUUCAUUGUAGCCAUCCCCCUUCUCAGCUUGCCUUUUGCGCUUACAUGGUGGUGGUGGUGCCGGUGGAUUCCACAUCUCCUCCAAGACAGGGCUCUGGCUUGUGCUGGGCUCUUCAAAUGCCAGCCCCACAGGGGUGAGGGUGACCAAUUCAGCAGACAGGUUCAGAGGCUCCGUGGGGUCGAUUGACUCCCCUGUACCAGCUGGCAGUAUUCCAAACAAGACUUGGGAACUCUCACCUCCUAUGAUGUCCAAAACCGUAUCAGUGAACUCCCCACGUUUUAUGGACUUGUUCCCUGUUUGGGGGUUUUUCGCCUCAGAAUGGUCCUUCGUAGCCUUUUGCUUUAAGUUUUUCCACCUAAGCCGAACCUGCUCAACACUCCGCCGUUGGCCACUACCAGUGGCAUUAAUUUGCCUUGUUAUGUCGGCCCAUAUUUUAUUUUUUACUUUUGAGGACAGAGAACUCUGUCCAGGACCACUAAAACCUCCAAAAAGGGCCUGGUAAUUGGCACGAACACCCUCCAAAAGGGCCGUUGUCUCUGCUGUUGUGAAAUUACUUCCUUUAUUCUUCUCCAUGUUGUCUGAGAAAGCCCUAUCACUAAGGAAGGCCUUAAAUACCAUAAAGCUAAAUUGAAAGCAGGUGAGAAAGAACAGGUCACAGACUUUAAAACUGGGCUCGUUAGGUCAAUGACCUUUGCUUCUUCAACAUGACAUCCAUAGUACAUGUCCUGCGGCACCGUCAGAGACAAUACAAGCCUCGUCAGUAUGUCCAACGAGGUAAUUUCAUUGAGCAGUACUCAAAUGAUGAGCUUUAUGCACGGUUUAGAUUUCGAAGAGAAGAUAUUUUGUAUAUAUGUGAAAUUCUUCGCCCACAUCUUCAACGUCCUACAAGAAGGAGUCAUGCCUUAACUGUGGAGGAGCAGGUGCUUAUUGCCCUACGUUUCUUUGCCUGUGGAUCCUUCUAUGAAGUCAUUGCAGAUGGCCUGGCUGUGACAAAGUCUACAGUGGGAGACGUCAUGCAUUCAGUGGCAGCAGCCCUGGCUGGUCUAAUUCACCAGUAUGUGAGAUUUCCAGAUACUGAGGAAGAAAUAACACAAACCAAGAGAAAAUUCUUCUCAAUUGCCAGGAUGCCUAACACUAUUGGUGCCAUUGACUGCACCCACAUACACAUUCAGGCACCCCAUGAAAGAGAAUGGGAAUUUGUCAACAGAAAGGGACGGCAUAGUAUCAACGUGCAGCUCAUAGGGAAUGCUGACCUUAAAAUAACCAACUGUGUUGUGAGAUGGCCUGGUUCUGUACAUGAUGCACGGAUUCUAAGAGAAAGUCAUCUCUACAGAAGACUGCAACAAACUGCGCCGGAUGGUAUCCUCCUGGGUGACAGUGGCUACCCACUUCUACGGUGGCUUAUGACCCCCUUUGCUACUGUCACAUGUGACCCACAGCAGAGGUAUAACAAUGCACACAGCGCAACAAGGGGAACAAUUGAGCGUAUCAAUGGUGUUUUAAAACGCAGAUUUGCCUGCCUGAACUAUCUUCGUGUGGAGCCGAAGCAGGCCUGCAAUAUAAUAUCUGCCUGCAUUGUUCUUCAUAACAUUGCCCAAUUGAGAAGAGUUCCUCUGAAUGAAGACAUCCUGGACAGACCACCACUUGAGGCAGAAGUACCACAGCUGCAGCCACCACCACCACCACAUCAAGCAGAUGAACCAGCAGGAAGAGCAGUUCGAAAUGCCAUGGUUAAUUUGUAUUUCUCUUGAUCCUCAUUGAUAAGGUCUGGUGCUUUUGUUUAACAAAACUUCGAUUUGUAUGUUUAAGUUUGAAUAUGAAUGCCUUAUUUAAGUAACAGUUUUUUUUGUUAAGUUACCCACUGAUAAAGGCCUCCACUGAAACUCUGUCUAAUGUUUUUAUUCACAUGCAUUCAGCACACACACUUAAUUUUCAUAGCCAAAGCUCAAAAAGUAAUGCCAUUUGGAGCAAGUCUGUGCAAGUCUCUUCCCACAGACAUCUGUAAAGAAAAUCUAAUAUUAAGGUUUUAGGGCUGUCCCCUUUGUUAACAACUGUUUCCUAAAAAGAUAUGUACAACACAUUUUAAAAUCUACACACAAUGCCUUGCGAGUGAAUGCAUUCAAAUGGACUGUGGACCGCGACAUACAGACGCUAGCCUAUUUACUAGCUUGUUAGCUCCUUAACACAGGAGUCAAUGGAGCAGCGUUAGCUCGCAUUAGCGCAAACUCUGCUUAAUUAGAGAUCGCCGAGCUCUUCUUUCAACUCUGUGCUGAUUUACAUAAUUGGUUAACUCAAUAUAAUGAUUGCCUUUCAUCUAGUCUGAGGACGCAUCAACACUGGCUAAGUUUAUACUUUAAUUCAGAGACAAUAGUUGAGCUAGCUUCUCCUUUUUCUGUAAAAUGUUGGCUCCGUUUCCUGUCUGUGAUCCAGGGGGCGGGACGGAUUUG